AUGAAGUUCUGUGCCUUUCUGGCCGCUUUUGCCGCCUUGGCCUCUGUGGGCCAGGGCCGCACCGCACUUCGCACGGCACGAUCCCGUGCCCAAGCUUUGCGGGCCGAGGACGAAGAGAACCCUUGCCCGGGAGGACAGCCGAAUCGCUACCCCUCCGGGCUUGACAAGAGCUACAAGAUCAUCGGCAAGAACAAGCUGGAUUCCAUUUGGGACACCACAAAGCUCCGUGAGGCACUAGCCAAGGAGGAGCAAUGGAAGAUCGGCCAGCCGUGGCUCCUCAAGGCGACUUUCACCAACAACGGGCCCACCAGCCGCAGCUUCGGCUUCCAGGGCGGCGAGGACAAAGGCUUUUUGGACAUCGUGGUGCCUGCUGGCUGCGUGGAUUGCGUCCUAAGCACACAGGCCCGCGUCUUGUCAUCGGCUCAACAUACGGAGUUCCAGUACAGAGACGACAAGCCCUUCACCAACGGUGAGGUCACCAUGAGCGGCAUCUGUCUAACUCCCCAGGUGUGCAAGGGCUUCAAGUGCCCUCAUCCACUCACGCAGAAGCUCAAGGGCAAUGAGACUUUCGGGUGGUCGGAGAGUGCUUGCUGCGAGCCCAGGUUCUGCAAGGAUGAGGUCACUUGCUCACCGUCGAGCCAGUGGGAACCGCGCAAGGACUUCGACACCCGCAUGGGCUCCACCCCGCAGGCUUGCUGCACGGCCAAGUAUUGCCCCUCGGAUUUCUGCGACAACAUCACAGGUUGGGAGAAGCACCCAGCGACCGGUCUGAAAGGAAGCAGCAAGGAGGAGUGCUGCAUCCAGAAGGAGUGCAUGGAUUGGACCUGCUCUGACGUCACGAUCAUGACAAAGAAGUCCAUCACCGUCGCCGACCAGCUGACGGGCAAGGACACCACCCGCAAGGGCUGGAGCGAUGUGGAGUGCUGCGAGGAGCACCACUGUGAUCAGUUCAAGAUUCCGAAAGAGUUGAAGUCCCUGUGGAAGCUGAAAGACAAGGCUGCAGAGAUCCGGGGAGUGCAUCUGAAGGACUGCUGUGAGCCCCGCCUCUGCUCCGACUUCGCCUGUCCCAACAACACCAAGUGGAAGCCCAAAACCCAGUCGGCUGAGGAAGGCGCCCUCGCAGGAUCUACCCAAGAGGAGUGUUGUGAGCCUCUCUUCUGUAGUGCCUACACGUGCAGCAACACCACGACGCUGCAGAAGAAGGUGAAGCCGGAGGAGCGUCGUGGCUCCACAGACGAGGAGUGCUGCGAGGAGAAGUUCUGCAAGGACUACAAAUGCUCCGACCCCACCAAGUGGGUUCAUUUCUCUGACCAGCUCGGUCCAAGCAACAUUGACCGGCGUGGCAGCUCGGAUGAGGAGUGCUGCGAGAAGCUUUUCUGCCGGCCGGAGAUCUGCAAUCCCAGCACCAUGUGGAAGGGCAAGGACGGCCUGGACACGCUCCAAGGGAGCACUAUGGCCCAGUGCUGCGAACCCGUCUAUUGCGGCAACUUCACCUGCGACACCGAUGAUGAUGGCGACGGUGACGGCACCAUGUGGUACAAGAAGAUGGACACAAAUGCAUACAAGUGGCAGGGAAGCACAAACGAGGAGUGCUGCGUGCCGAAGUACUGCAGUCAGUAUACCACCUCCACACCCACGCAGUGGAAGAGGAAGCCUCAGAAAAACGCCCAGGGCAGCACGGAUGUGGAGUGCUAUGACCAGCUGUGGUGCUCUGACUACUGCUGCGUCGGUGCCGGAUGGGUGAAGAAGCCGGAGGCGGGAACCCGACCGGGAAGCACGGAUGCAGAGUGCUGCACUCCUGGCAGUGAAGCCGAAGACCUGCCUGACCUGCAUACCAAGAAAGUGCGCUGA